UGGAAAAGCACCGAGCUGGGGCCGGCGACCCGAUGAGCGGGCCGGCGGAGGAGCCGGGCGCCUCUCCGGGCGCCUCUCCGGGAGCCCCGGACGAGGAGGAGGGCCUCGGGGACGAGACCAGCCUGGUCAUCCACCACCAGGCCGAGGAGAAGGCGUUCCUCUGCAUCCUGUGCGGUAAGAGCUUCAGCCAGCAGCCCAGCCUGACGCGGCACCAGAAGAACCACGCGGGCGAGCGCGGCUUCAUCUGCCCCGAGUGUGGCAAGAGCUUCAGCCUGAAGCACAACCUCAUCAUCCACCAGCGCAUCCACACGGGCGAGCGGCCCUACCAGUGCGCCCAGUGCGACAAACGCUUCAGCCUGAAGCAGAACCUGCUGACCCACCAGCGCAUCCACACGGGCGAGAAGCCGCACCAGUGCCCCGACUGCGGGAAGCGCUUCCGGGAGCCGCGCUUCCUCCUCAACCACCGGCGGACGCACACGGCCGAGCGGCCCCACGGCUGCCCCGACUGCGGCAAGGCCUUCAAGGAGAAGCAGGCCCUGGCCGCCCACCGGCGGACCCACACGGGCGAGCGGCCCUACCGGUGCGGCGAGUGCGGGAAGGGCUACAGCCAGCGCACCUUCCUGGCCCGGCACGAGCGGGCUCACCGCGGCGAGAGCCCCUUCGCCUGCGCCGACUGCGGGAAGAGCUUCAGCUGCCAGAGCGGGCUGGCCACCCACCGCCGCACCCACACGGGAGAGCGGCCCUUCUCCUGCCCGCAGUGCGGCAAGAGCUUCACCCAGAAGGGCUCCCUGAAGAUCCACCAGCGGGUCCACGACGGGCGGGCGCCCUUCAGCUGCGCCCAGUGCGGGAAGAGCUUCGCGCAGAAGGUCAACCUCACCGCCCACCAGCGGGUCCACGCGGCCGAGGCGCCGGGCACCCCCCAGGGCCUGGCCCUGUGACGGCCCCCGGUUUGGCCCCGCUUUCUCCGGGCCAGGAACUCCGCCGACAGGACCACCAAGAAGGAUAUCGUGACCCAGCUGGCCAUUCCACCGUGGGGAAGGCACCUCAAGGCCCUUCAGAGGUGCACAGUUUCGGAAGAACCGCCCCGGGACGGUGGGCCCCCAUGGGCCUCAGUGACAAAGACCCGUUCACCCCAAAGAUCGCUCUCAGGACGCACCAGGAUCCUCAUGGGAAAGAAAGCCCCGACCUGACUAGGAAACAUACGGCAGUUGCGGAGGAAGAUCAUCCCACACGCUCGGCGGAGACCUCCUGGAACCUGGCAAGGUACCAUUUCAGAAGACGCCUCAAAGAACUCUGGAAAAUCCCAUUAUAGCCAAAUCACAUUCUCCCACUAAUAAAAAAACUCCCCUUGAGGGGAGAACUGGCUUCCACUCCCUCCCCCAAAGGUCCCCUCGCAAAGCGGUAGCUUGUGUUUCAUACCUCCGAUAUGGCUGCUAUGCUGGUGUCACUUGAAUGAUCGCCAUUUCUCCCACCGCCCUUUGCGGUGGCCUGUGGCUCCAUGGUACCGGAUCAUUCCCGUCGGUUGCGAUGAUGUUUCUCCUCCAUGGCUGAUGUCCUUAAAUGCGUUUGGCCAGAAGGCAUGAGGCCUUGGGAGGCACUGAUCCAGCGCUGGAGGAAAAAAAAAAACACUUCCAGCCACGUGAACCAAGAGGCGAAGUCCCCAAGGCAGGACAGGCCACCCCCAGAGAGGACACUGUCUAGCUAAAACCACCAGGUCACAAAGAGCGUAUAAAACCAUUUUCCUUGUUAGUCUGCCUUAGAACCCCUUAACUGGGCUGAUUUAAAAAUCCAGAUUUUCUUUCCCUUGCUGCUGCUGGUUGCUCGCUCGGUUUGCAUUUCACUCAGCUUGGGAAGGGAAGCGAAGCAGUGUGUUUCACUUUACCUUUGUCAAAGGGUCAAUGCACUUUCCGCUUCUCAAGCAGUACCCAAACAGCCCUUCGUUCAGGGUGAUCCAAUGUUUUCCUGCCCUUGGUAAAUCACAUUUUCUCUGUUUUAUCACAGAAGAACAUGGUUUCUUCAGCUCCUCACAGAUAGUUGGAUUUCAGCUUUUGCUUCGGGGCUAGGGGGUUAAACUAUCAAACACCCUCCCCCCGGCCCCCCGCCCAACACACACUUCCAAACAGGUUAGAUUAAUGCCCAGAGAUCUGCACAUACUCUAGUCUUAAAACCCCAGAAUAAUAUACAACAUAACCCCAAAAGUAUGUAACCCACCUCUUCCUCAUUUGGGGUAUAGAUCUUCUUGCUCUCUGAGAGGCCCAGUCCCAUGAAGACAAUUUCCCACUUACGGUAUCUCUAAAUGGGAAAAAACAAACAAAAAACAAACCAUCCAGGGAAUUUUGGGCCUGACUCCAUGUGAAAGUAACAUUAGACUCACGGGGCAGGUAGGAUUUUGGCCUAGGGUGGGAGAACUACAACAUCCUCUGUGUGGGAAAAGGCCAUAGUGAUAUAUAAGAAGGCUCGAGGUCUCUGUAUUCUCAAAGUCUAAGUUAGGUUCACCCCUAGACCCACAUGAGAGUAUUGACUUGGAGGUUUGGCCCCUAUCCUGUUUGUCUCUGGAGGAAGCAAGUUGGGUACCGUGACCCCUCUGAAAUGGAUAUCUCCCCCGCCGGUGAGAGGCCAAAUGGGAUCUUCUGGGGGUGCCUGGGACUGGGGGGUUUUGAAGUAAAGCGGUGUUGAGAGGGUGUGCCUGUUGUAGCUGAAAAUAGUUGUCAUGAAUAAAAACUACAUCAACAUGGA